UCCUGGUGGGUGUUACUCUAAACUUUUCUGGGAAUAAAAGUCCAUCUGAAUAUGUACCGAGUGAUUGACAGUGAUCCGGAGCGAGAAUGAUAAACUCGGAGGGUUCCAGCGGCCCAGUGGCGCAGGUUUUCAGGGGGACAUUUAUCCACUCGACCCCACAAACAGCGCUGCAGGUCCUGGAGGAUGCGCUCCUGGGAGUGGAUUCUGCUGGGAAGAUUGCUUUCAUUGGAAAAGGUGAAAACGUACUGGAACUGUCUCAGAAGUUUGGGUUCAACCCAUCAGAGGUCAUUAAACUGGCACAACAUGAAUUCUUCAUGCCAGGAUUGAUUGACACCCACAUCCAUGCGUCCCAGUACAGCUACGCCGGCACAGCCUUGGACAUGCCUUUACUGAAGUGGCUCAAUACUUACACAUUCCCUGUAGAAUCACACUUCAAGGACUUGGAAUUUGCUCGGAAAGUCUACACUCAAGUCGUGAAGAGGACUUUAAGAAACGGAACAACAACUGCAUGUUACUUUGCUACCAUACAUACAGAUGCCUCUCUACUGUUGGGUCAAAUUGCAAAUGACUUUGGACAGCGAGCGUUGGUUGGUAAGGUGUGCAUGGACAGGAACGACUCUGUGGAACAUUACAGAGAAACACUUCAGGAGUCUGUAGAUGAAACCCAUCGAUUCAUCAAAGAGCUUCUAAAUAAAAAGUACCCCCUAGUAAAGCCAGUGGUGACUCCUCGUUUCGCCCCGUCCUGCACAGAAGCUUUGCUUAAACAGCUCGGAACAAUUGCAAAGAACAACAACCUGCACAUUCAAAGCCACAUCAGUGAGAACAUUGAUGAACUAGAACUUGUGAAGAAUCUGUUUCCUGACUCAGAAACAUACACAGAUGUUUAUCACAAAUUCAACCUGCUCACUGACAAGACGAUAAUGGCCCAUGGCUGCCACCUCAGUGAUAAAGAGCUGACCGUGUUCAGGGAGACAGGAACCUCUUUGUCUCACUGUCCCAAUUCCAACUUUUCUAGAUGCUCGCAAUGUCCUGAAUCACAAAGUGAAACUGGGGCUGGGUACAGAUGUGGCAGGCGGCUACUCGUCCUCCAUCCUUGAUGCUGUGAGGAGAGCUCUAGAUGCAUCAAAGGUUCUGACGAUCCAGAAUCCAGAGUAUCAGACUCUCACUUUUGAGGAGGUGUUCAGACUGGCCACACUGGGAGGCAGCCAAGUCCUGUCCCUGGAUGACAAAAUCGGAAAUUUUGAAGUUGGAAAAGAUUUCGAUGCCCUGAGAGUAAAUGUUGCAGCUCGGGGCGGGCCCAUUGAUUUGGUCCAAUGUGAAGCACCAAAGAUUCUUUUAGAAAAGUUUUUGAAUCUGGGAGAUGAUCGGAACAUUGUGGAGGUGUUUGUAGCUGGGAGGAAGGUGGUGCCAUGUGCAGAUCAGACAGUGGAGUGAUCUGCCCAGUCUACACAUUCCUUUUAAUUUUUAAUCAGGAUAAAAGAAGAAAUAUUCAGCUUCACAUAUUCACUUUUUAAAAAUAAAGCUACUAUUUAGCUUCACACAAUAUUAUAUUGUCACUUAAAAAUGCAAAGUUUAGGUCACAAAAAAUGUAAAAUUUGCACAAAAAUUAGAAGAAAAUUCAACAUUCACACAAAAAUUUCACUUGAAAACAAUAAGAGGCUGUUUUGUGCUAGUCAGACAAUCCUAUAGUCAGCUGAGGUUGAAGUUAGUCUGAUGUUCAUGGUGUUUAAAAUCACAGUUGCUGGGUUUUGAAUUAGGAAAAAACAAGGGACCUAUUAAAUGUUACACUUAUUCAUUUAUUUUGUUUGUUUUAAGUCAGCCAGAAGUCUGUCUGUGUGCUACGUCUGCAUCCUAUUCAGACCAAUAACACACUGUAGCAUUUAAGUUAUAAAUGCAUAGCCCACAAAUCAGACUUUUUAUUUUAACUUUAAAUUAUUUUAGCUAAUUAACAAGAGACUUGAAAUUGUUUUCUAUGGUCAAAUGACAAAAACUGCAGGGAAUGUCCUGAUAAAAAGAAAUGGUUUGACCAUACUUUUUUGCCCUCCUUUAUUUUGUAUAAAAAAUAAACAUAUUUUCGGAAUUAUUAAGUCACUCCGGAGUAUAAGUCACACCAGCCAAAAAGUGAAUACUGUAAUAAAGAAGAUUAUUAAUAAGUCACACCCCUGGAAAAACUAUGCAAAAAAGAUAUGACUUGUACUCCGAAAAAUAUGGCACGUGUUUAUUAGAGCUUCAUUUUUUAAGGAAACACUCCAUGUAUGGCUAGCAGUUUGACAUGGAAGGAACGAUAAACUAUUUCAUGCUUACUUUUCUGAUAACAUUUAUUCUAAGAAAGUUGUUGUUGAAAGCUGGUUGUAAUAAAUGUAUUAGCACAAAAUCUGUAAUUGAAUAGCUGAAAAACUUGAAAAAAUGUGACCAAUGUAAUGUAGAUAUAUCCAUUUAGUUUGUCUUUCUGUAUUUGUUUUAAUAAAUAAUUGGGACAGAGAAUAUUGAACUAUCAGUGUGAAAUGUUCAAUGUAAAAAUGUACUGAUUUUUGGAUUCUUUGAGCACUUAAUACAUCAUUUAAAUAAAGAAUAUCACACAA